AUGCAUCUUUCUUCUUUUUUUGUGCUACUUGGCGUAGCAACAAUUGCGUCUGCCCUUUCAUCCAACCUCACUCAAGUCAAAGACUUCGGUCCCAACCCCCGGAAUGUCUCCAUGUACAUCUAUGUCCCCAAAACGCUAGCGGCGAAACCGCCGAUUAUGGUUGUACCUCACUGGUGUCACGGGUCUGCUCAAGAUGCUUUCAAUGGUCGCCCUUACGCUUCUCUCGGAGAUACAUACGGCUUCAUUUCCAUCUAUCCAGAUUCUCCCAACACCGUUGAUAAAUGCUGGGAUGUCAGCAGCAACCAAUCGUUAACUCAUAAUGGCGGAGGUGAUGCACUAGGAAUCGUAUCUAUGGUGCGGUGGACGUUGGAUAAGUACGGUGGUGACAAGGACAGGGUGUUUGUAACUGGGACGAGCUCGGGCGCGAUGAUGACGAAUGUCCUGCUCGGAUCAUAUCCAGAUGUCUUCGCGGCCGGAAGCGCAUGGGCUGGUGUCGCUUUUGGUUGUUUUGCAGGAAAUGGAUUUGAUGUCUGGAACGAUGCUUGCGCUACUGGAAAGAUUAUCAAGAAUGGGACAGAGUGGGCAGACAUGGUCAAGAACGCAUACCCAGGGUAUAAGGGCUUCCGACCCAAGUUGCAGGUUUUCCAUGGGACCGCAGAUACAGUGUUGUAUCCCCAAAAUCUAAAGGAAGAGAUCAAGGAAUGGACGGGCGUGUUUGGAGUGAGCACUACGCCAACUGAAACAACGAAGGAUACGCCUUUGCCAGGUUGGACGAAGUAUAAGUAUGGGAAGAGAUUCGAGGCGUAUGAAGCAGCGGGAGUCAGUCAUGAUAUUCCGAAUCAGGCAGAUGUUGUGAUGAACUGGUUUGAUCUAAAAUGUAAAGAGGACGCAUGCUAUUCAAGGAAAAGUGACAAGUAA